AUGCAUUUUGGUUCGCUUUCUGGGCUUCGGUCGCUGUUCGUCGUGAACCUGGCGGAGGUCGAGAACCUCGCGAACCUGGUUUCGAGUGGCAUGUGGGCUGCUGAGUCCUUGCACCUGUUGCAGCGGAUCUCCGAAGCCUUCAACACCUCCCUCAGCCACGAGAGCAGGAGGGACGACCAGGUGCUGGUUUCGGUGGAUCCCUUCGAAGACCAGUUCCAUGGAUACGGCCUGCCAGCGUUCACGAGCCACCUCUGGGCGGAUUCGGAGCGCUUCAAAGUACACGAAGGACUCAGUUGCCCCGACGUCAUGGUGGCCCGCGAUUCGCUGCCCAGCGUCCCGUUCUUGGGUGCGAUCGUCUACGUGGACCACGAGGCGGGCAUUGGCCCCGGGCGCGAUGCUGGGCGCUUGGCAGAGGUCUUGGCCAAGUACCGCGUGGUCUACCUGGGUGUCUUGGCCCCUCAGGCGGCCACCCGCUGUCUCUCGCGCUGGGGGACACCACCCCAGCAGAGCCGCCGCGUGUGCGCGAAGGUCUUCGACCAGGAGGCCACCUGGCCAGCUCCAAGUACCUUGACGGUGCUGCACAUUCCUUAUGCAUCCAGCUCCUUUGCUGCCAGAAGCCACUCUCCCUUGGAUUUGUUGAAAGCCGGCGCUGGACAUGCGAAGAAACACUUUUUGGCCUACAUGGCCUAUGCUUGUGUGGAUCACCGAGACUUGCUCUUCGACCUCUUGGUGCAGCGCGCAGCCGCUGGAACCGACCUGGACGCUCCCGUGGCGCUCUCGCGCUGCGCGGGGUUUCGCUCACAGCACAGGCGUCAACGACGCAACCACACACGUGGCGUGGCCCUAUCCUUCUUGGAUGAGGCAGUCGAGUUGCUGAGGCCGUACAGGUUUGCGUUGGUCUUCGAGAACAAGUUGGUGCCAGGCUAUGUCACCGAGAAGAUCGUCAACGCCUUCCUGGCCGGCUGCAUUCCGAUCUACUGGGGCUCCAGGGCAGUCUUGGAGAUCUUCAAUCCGGAGUCCUUCAUCUAUGCAAAUGACAUACAGGCUCCGGGCUUCUCGGACGAGCAGCUCUUCGAUCCGCUGAUGCACUUGGAGCGCGUCGCCGAGCACGUGCUUCGCAUCGCCCAAGACCCUGUGGCGCUCGAAGGCAUGGCCAACACGCCGGCACUGGAUGCGAAGCGCUUGCAGCGCUUCUUCUCUUGGCAUCGCGGCGUGCGCCGGCACCUCGCGGCUCUUCCCGUGCCGGACGCCGCGGACGAGGCCGUGCCGCAGCGCCUGGCGAGGGCGCUGCCGCGCCUCCAACGACGCAGGCGGUGCGCGGGAGGAAGAAGGGGGACGUGCGUCGAAGACGUGGACGAACCGGUGAUGUGA